AGUCAUAGUUGCUCUGCCGAUAUGGAGGAGGUAAGAACUUAGAAAAUACCGGUUGUUUUUUUUUUAAUAUUUAAGAGAACCUUUUACAUCAGUCAAAAUUUGGAGGGAAGGGGUAGGGGACGUAGGUGCACAUGCACUUAACUAUUUUCAAAAUCUUCUUUUAAUCCGUAUAGAUGCAUGUACAAUAUCAUCUUAAUCAAUUAUCUGAUGUUGUAUUUUUUUUCUCUCUCUCUCUUUCAACUUUAAUGUAGCCAUUAGAUCUCAGCAUUAGAAAGAACAGACCUGUUUUUGGGCAAUAUUUUUCGCCGCCAGAACAGACUGAAAACUACUUCUGCAAUAGCGAGUCUGUAACAGUCCGGGGCGGGAAUCUCGAGGUUGUGGAGCCGCUAGAUGCCAGUUUUGACAAUGAUGGGAUGACAGGAAUAACUUACGACAAAGUUAGUCGAGACCCCAGAUUCAUUAGUCGAGACCUGGGGUCGAUUAGUCAGGACACCGGAUCAAUUAGUCGAGACCCCGGAUCAAUAAUUUGCGGCCCCGGACCGAUUAAUCAGGACACUGGAUCGAUUAAUCUAGGACCCGGAUUCAUUAGUCGAGACCCAGGAUUGAUUAGUCAGGACACCGGAUCGAUAAAUCGAGGCCCCGGAUCUGUGAAAAGCUAUACUAUGGAAAAGGGGAAUUCUUUGAGUGAUCCAAGACAUGGUGCGGAUCCUGGGGAGGUGGAGAGAAUUUACAAUACUCAGGGACCAGGAAACCAACUCAAUGAGCAUCAAGGAUCUGUAAAUAUUACAAGAGCACAGCGAGAAUUACUGACAGUGAAUAACGAAGGCUUGGGGGAGCGAUGUGCGGACUUAGAAGAUUCGUUCGGGAGAGAUACAUCGGGAGAUCUCUACUGCGAACGGGAGGGGAUGAAGGUCAGGAUCCUGGAUUCUCACCUUUGGAUGACCUUCAACGAAAUUCAAACGGAAAUGAUUAUCAAUCGAGGCGGCAGACGGAUGUUUCCGUACCUGUACAUCGCCGUGUCGGGCUUGGAACCGGAUGGAAUUUAUGAUAUCUUGCUGGACAUCCUGCCGGCAGACAAACGGAGGUUCAAGUUCUUUAAUGACGCCUGGGUCCCGGUGGGCGUGGCCGAGCCCCAGCGGGGAAAUCCCCCGUAUGUUCACCCCGACUCUCCCAGCCCAGGGUCACUAUGGAUGGCACGGAAAAUCUCGUUCGCAAGGGUCAAACUGACCAACAGCUUAGAGUCUUCUCCAGAAAAUGUUUUUCUUCAUUCUAUGCAUAAAUACGUCAUCAGGAUUACGAUACGUAGACGCCACCACGUGACGGCAAAAGUGGAGAGUGACGUGGAGUUUUUGCUGCAGGAGACUAACUUCAUUGCGGUGACGGCUUAUCAAAACAGCAAGAUUACCCAUCUGAAAAUCAUUAACAACCCAUUCGCCAAAGCUUUCCGCGGACACAAACCAAGGUACAAGCGACAGAGGAGAUCACCUUUGGAGAAGGAUCGUAUGUCGGAGGAUGUGUGCUACUCCGGGCCAGACGGUCAUGACGUCAAUGAUGAGGUUAGCAGAAAGCAGCCGGAAUCUGGCGUGAUAUUUCCAUGGAAUCAGCAGACGAGAGAGAUAUCUCUGUCGUAUCAAGGCAACGAAUUAAACACUAGCAGACAAAUUCUUACGUCAGAGACUGAGCCACAUUCGGCAGCCAAUAAGAUGUGCAUGUCUCCGUAUCUCCUCAGCGCCUAUCGUUACAAUGCUGGACUCUACGCCAGUAUAAUGGCCUAUCAAGCUCACCUGACAGAGUUUGGUAAGACCUACAACAAGUAGUUCCGAUGCCCAGGGCGUGCAGCCGAUAAGUGAGCGGGAGAGACUGGCUGCAGACGACGAAUUCAUAAUACACUUUCCACGUUAUAUAUAGACACAUGUAAUUAUUGUUGUUAUUAGUUACAUCGUAAUAUAUUUGGUUUUACUUUUUAGCUCACCUGAGCCGGGCUCUUCUGAUCACAUUUGUCCCUCGUCCCUCUAUCUUUCUGACCAUCCUUAAACUUUUCACAAUUUCAUCUUCUUCUCCAUAACCGUUUGGCCAAUUUCAAUUAAACUUGAUAAAAAGUAUCUUUGGUUGAAGGGGAUUCGAGUUUGUUCAAAUGAAAGGCCAUGCCUACUUCAAAGGGGAGAUAAUCACGAAAUUGCAAAAACAAGUUGGGGUCAUUUAAAAAUAUUCUCAAGAACCACUGGGUCAGAAAAGUUCAAUUUUACUUCAAAGUUUCCCAACAUUGUGCAAAUUUAAGUUUUCAAAAAUCAUGGUCCCCGGGGAUAGGGUGGGGCCACAAUAGAGGAUCAAAUUUUUUCAUGCGAAUAUAUAGCAAAAAAUUUUUAUAAAUAUUCUCAAGAACCAAUGGGCCAGAAAAUUCAAAUUUACAUGAAAGCUUUGUGGCAUAGUGCAAAUUUAAUUUUGCUAAAAUCAUGCCCCCCUCCCCCACGGGGGGGGGGGGGGGGUAGGAUGGGGCCGCAAUUUGGGUCAAAGUUUUUACAUGCAAGUAUAUUAGGAUAAUCUUUCAAAACCCUCUUCUCAAGAACCACUUGGCCAGAAAAGUUCAAAUUUACAUGAAAGCUGUCUGACAUAGAGUAGAUCCAAUUCUGUGCAAUCCAUGGUACCUGGGAGUAGGAAUUGGACACAAUAGGGGAUGAAAGUUUUACAUAUGCUGAUAGAGGAAAAUAUUUUGAAAUAUCUCUUGAGGUAUUUUAGAUAGGGCCUUUUUGUUUUAUAUAUAGUUCUUUACGGUAAGACCUUUCAUGUGCUGCAAUGGUGUGUGACCUUGACCUACUUUUGAUAAAGAUCUGACCUACUUGUAUUCAAUAUCUCCUGAACUAUUUAAGAUAUUACUUUCAUGUUUUGUAUACAGAUUUCUUAUAAGAAGGAUUUUCAUAUCAUACCAUUAUCUAUGACCUUGUUACCUUGAUUUUAUCCAGAACAGCAAGAUCAUGUUAGUCAUAUUGGUGUUGAGGCAACUUUUUAUUAUGUGAAUUCAAUUUGAGUUAUGUUACGAUCCUUUGGGUUGGGGUUAAAAUGUUUCAUGGGACUAAAGAUUGACCCCAAAAAAAUCGCAAGAGCUGAAAAACGGAUUGAUUGAUUCUUUAUUAUUUAACAUGCACUCAAGAAUUUUUCAUUCGUAAGGAGACGUCACCAUUGCCGGUGAAGGGCUGUCAAAUUUAGGCCUUUGCUCAGUGCUUACGACCUUUGAGCAAGGAGGGAUCUUUAUCGAGCCACACCUGCUGUGACACGGGACCUCGGAUUUUGCGGUCUUAUCCGAAUGACCGCCAAAUUUAGUCGCCUCUUACGAAAAAUAAAGGGUACUAAGGACCUAUUCUAACCCGGAUCCCCGGGGGUGGGAUACUGAGGACCUAUUUUAACCCGGAUCCCUGGGGUGGGAUACUGAGGACCUAUUUUAACCCGGAUCCCUGGGGUGGGAUACUGAGGACCUAUUUUAACCCGGAUCCCCACGGGAUGGUCAUGAUUAUUCAGGUGAGCAAUGUGACCCAUGGGCCUUUUGUUAUGUGAAAAUUUUGAGCCUAUUUCGAUUUUGUUAGCUCAGUGCAUCGUCGGUAAUCCACGGUCGAUCUCGAGCAUAGCGACUGUGGGUUAAUAUGGAAAGCCAAGGGGGUCAAAAAUGUAGAAAUGUUAAUUUAAAAUAUAAAUAUAGAAAUGUAACUUGACAAUUGCAGUAAUUAUUUGAGUGUAAUGUCAAUCCAGUGGGUUGGAAUGACUGCUAAUGUUGUUAUGCAAUGCAUUAUUCGUUGAAUGUUUUAACAUAAAAAUGCGCAUUCAAAACUUGUUUAAGUAGUCAGUGUGACAACUCAAGGCCAUAAACUGAGAAUAUUCUUAAGUUUAAAUUUCAAAUCCAGCUAACUUUUGAAAUAAUUUUCAUGAACAAAUCAGAUUGUCAGUAUAUGUUUGCAUUUGAAUUUUUGAUAAACCUUCAGUUUUUUAAACAUCUGUGCUAUAUAAAUUUUAAGAUAUAACUAAUCAAAAUUUUGACUCAAGUCUCUUCUCAGUUUAUGGUCUUUAGGCUUGUUUUGAGAUGUAGGUAAAUCCAUCAUUUGUUCUAUUAACCUUUGAACACAGUCAUUCCAACCCACUGGAUUGACAUUGCUCGAUAAUGAUAAGUAGAGCAAUUAUUAAGUUACAUUUAGCAUUUCUACAUUUACAAUGAACGACUGAUGCAUUGCGUAGUUACAAAUGACGCCGUUGGCUUUCCAUGGGUUAUGAGUACCUAAGAUUAGCUCAUUGCAGAGACCUACGCAUGUGCACAGAAUGGAUUUUAUUCCUUGUUAAGUAUUGUUUUACAUAUUAUGAAAGGUGUGAGUAUUUUACUGUCUAAUCAAUAAGGGAUACGUUGACGUCAUAUUAGCGAUUUCCGUGCAUAUUUCCCUAAUAUCUGAUAGUGCAAGAUAUACUUUUAGACGGAAUCCACAUAUUUUUAGAAUUGGGACAUUUUUUCCCCAUGCGAUUUCAUUGGUUGGUUCAAGUUUUCACCGAAAUGCUUGUUCUCUCUCUCUCUCUCUCUCUCUCUCUCUCUCUCUCUCUCUGACGAAACGUGUUAAUUAAGUGAGGAUGUCCUCAGAAUGACUAGAAGAGAAUACACACAUAUAUACUUAUAAAUUACCUUUCUGAUUAUAAAACUAGACCUUUCAUCUCGCUCUUCGUUAUCUGUUUGUGGCUCAAAUAGAUAGCGAAGAGCGAGAUGAAAGGUAUUAUCUUAAUUAGACUGAUAAAUUACUAAAGUUUACCAAUGGGCUUGCUCCAGAGUUACUGCUUGAACUUUUGAUAUAUAUUGUUUCAUAUAAAAGGCGAAGUCCGUAAGCUAUAACAAUAAUCUUGCUUGAUUAGUAAAUAUCGUAAAAUUAAUUUUUAAAAACUUCAAAAUCCUACUUUCGUUUUCGAUAAACUACCCUGAUUUUGCAAAAAUGAGAGUAAAGUGGUGGACACGCUUUGGUGGAUCUAAGUCAGUUUUUUUAAAUGACGACCUAAGAUAUUACAAUAUGAAGUAAAUCCAGUUUAUCUAUGCUUGAUCUGUUGACAUCUUACUGAGAAAUAAGUUUUGAUAAUUGUUGAAUAAAUAGAAUAUGCCUGUU